CCUAGAGCCGGCAGCUUUCUAUUAAAGUUACGAUGUAGCUUCUUGCCCUACAAAUUUUCGGUUCAAUGAUGACCCGUUUCAAGGCAAUGAGCUGUUCAUGCAGCUACGACCAAUCAUAUGCAUCAAUGAAUACCGCGAAGGAUUCCGAGUUAAACACGAGGUUUGAUUGGCUCUAGGUCGCGCUACAAUGCUCUUAUGAAUUGAAGAGGGACUUGGUAGGGCGUGCCAAAGGGGAUCAAUACAGAGAAAUAGACAAUGCCCGCGGAAUCGCCCUGUCUAAUGUCACUCAACGUGGCUCGAGACUACCAUGGAUUGAAAUCGCUCAAUCAAUGAUGUUUUUGGCAAGUGAUAGAAGCUACCGGUGAUUGACCGAUGUGUUGUAUUGAGAAAAAAAAAAGGUGAGGUAGGUAAUGAGGUUUUUGGUGGGAUAGGUAGACUGUGGAGGCCCCUAGCUUUCCUCCGUUACCCGAUUAUUUCCCACCCUUCUCAACUGUACAUAUAUUUUCUCCACUACCAUUAACCUCUACCACUCACUCAUAAACAGCUUCUGCGCUGUUAUUGUCCCGAUUCUUCUCAUCGUCCAAAUCAUUACUUGGAAUUUACUCGGUUCUUCCCCAACACCAAGAAAAGGUAAGUUUCAUCACCGCUUCAUUCAUUUGUCAAUGAGUCGCGAAGACUCACGUUGCUGCCUAGCUGCCUCAAUGAGAAUGUCGAACUCUUUCCAAACCUCCAUAGACGAUCUUGCAGGCAUCGCUGCAUCUUUCAAUAAUUCAAGCGAGUGGAGUUUCCGAGGGAUUACCAUUUCAGCAGAACAAUACUCCGGCAACAUAGAUGCAGACCUUGCUGCACUCCCAGCAAAAGAUAUCGCUGGCAACGCAGACCCGGCGGCCUCAAAGGGCAACCAGUGCCACAAAUCUGCUGAUGGACCUGCACGGCCAUCUUUCUUUGGCCGUUGUCUAUCUGCCAGCACUUGUGCUGCGACUUCGUAUGUGAAUGCGGAGGCAUCCAUGAAACCGAACUACGCCCAACCUUCUUUCGAGUCGAUGUCACAAUUUUCGACUUAUAUCCAUACACCGGCCACCUCGGUUGAUGAGCACGGGGACGUUUCCCCGGUCCAAGAUGAUUCGGUCGAGAUGCAACAACCAUCUUUAUAUUCUCGGUUUCCCGCCUACGCCAGUGGCCCCACACCGCUAGAAUCUUGGUACAAUCAACAUGAGCGACACGAGCUUAUUGCUUACGAGUUGUCGUACCACAAAAGGGACUCAAUGGCACAAAAGGAGUUCAAGGAAUCGCACGGCAAAGAGGUUCAAAAGCUCAAGUGAUGGAGCAUCUAGAUAAGACGAGACGAAGGAUACGAAUGAAGGGUGUUUGGGUUACGGUUGAUUUGGGAAUACCUUGUUUUAUGAUUUAUUAUUUGGAUAUUUGUUUAGGAGAGCCGUCGGUCUAAUGAUGACGACACGAUUAUGUAUACCCAUGGUGAAAAAAAAAGGCAUUUGAGACUGCUGUCAGCGUUUCCGAGAAUAGGAAUAGAGAAUUGUUUUGUUACUUAUUGCGGGUAUUUGUUCACUUCACCAAAGAAAGCACUCCUAAGUGCUGUUUCGAUUAGGCAGUUAAAGGUUCUGUCUAAUAUGCUUGAUUACGA